CUUCUGGGUGGUGCCGUGUUUGGAACUUUAGCUUAUGUUUUUGCUCCCCAGAUCAGAAGAUCCCUUCUGAAUGAAGAUGAAUAUGGUUUCCGGAAGGCCAGGCGACCAAUGUAUUAUGAUGAAGGUUUGGAGCAGACUCGGCAGACCUUGAAUGCAAAGAUAAGCCAACUCAAUUCAGCCAUUGACAACGUAUCCUCACGUUUAAGGGGUACCAAUAAUGUGCCUACGGUGCCAGUUGAAAGUGAUCCUGAAGUUGAGGCUACCAUGUGAGAUUUGUCCCCAUUUACCAAAAUAUGAUCUUUGAAUCUUUAACCUUUGCAUAUACAUUUGAAGUUGGAUAUGUAAUUCUGUGGUCUUGCCCUCCUUUUUUUCUGAAUAAAGGUCGUUUGAUGGCUUUUAAUAUCUAA